AUGCUUGAGAACCAGAAUUCAUAUGCGGUUUAUAACGCCUCAUGCGUCAAUCUGUUCAAUGGAGUCACUGAACCCAGCAAAUCGCGCACCGACUGGGAUUUCUCGUCGACAUACGACUUGUUCAACCUAGGCAACGAUAUUUUCACGACGACUGACACCGAGAAUACAUUUCUGACAUCUUUGCCUACGCUGCCCUCAGGUGAGGCGGAAAGCAUCCCAUCCCCCGCGAACAGCCUAGUGUCCAGGAUGAAUCGGUCGACAUCGGAUGCGGUCUACGAAGCUUUCCAGCAGUCAGCAGGUCGCUGGAGUCCCGAGAAACGUCACUACCGGGCGGCAGAAGAAUCACACCUAUCCCUCGGUCGAGGGGCCCCAACAACUAUCGACUGCUUAGGGAAAUGGGAUCCCCAGAUAUUCUCUCAGAAUCUGUUGCCCAGCACCCGCGACCAGAUUCUCGCUGCUAUAGUUAGAUCGUGCGAUCAGGACAAUAUGGCCGCGGCCGCGUCGGCUUUCCCAUCGGCCGAGGUCUUGGACAGACUCUUGAAGGCAUUUCAUACACAACAUGCCUCUUUGGCCGACUCGUGGAUCCAUAUUCCCACCUUUCAAGUGACGGAAGCCCGACUGGAACUGCUCAUUGCUUGUAUCUCCGCCGCAGCUGCUGUGUCCCCUAGCCGGCCAGUGCAGAAGUUUGGACUGGCCAUGCAAGAAUUCUUGGUGUUCCAGCUCUGGUCAAUGUCCGAGAAAUCAAACGCCCUUAUACGCGACCUCCAAUUCCUUCAAGCUUUCGCUCUCCAUCUCCACGUCGGGUUAUGGAGCGGCAUCAGGAGAAAGAUGGAAAUGGCUGGGAGCUUCGUGGGCAUUAUCACCAACUCUUUGCGUGGAAGCGGUCGCUAUCGCCACGCUGCUUACACGCAGGUAGCUCCACGUCCUGAAGAUGAUGGUGAUAUCUUAGAAGCCAAAUGGAAGCAAUGGAUCCAUGAGGAAAGCUUCAAAAGGCUGGUUUACCACAUGUAUAUGCACUGUUCUCAAGAGGCACUCAUGACAUCGGGAACAUCAUGUAUGUCUUACGCGGAGCUUACCAUCCCAUGGCCCCAAUCCCAACGAUUGUGGUUUGCUCGAUCGGCGCAAGAGUGGAAGGCUCUGCACUUGGAACUACGACAUACCAGCCCGGAAAAGUCACCGUGCCUGAUCGACUUACUUGCCGAUCCUACCAAGACGAAAAUGAUAGCAGACUUCCAUGACCAAAGCCUCAUUCGGUUGUGUCUUAUUUAUGCCGUUUCGUCAAUGGUUCGAAGAUAUAGGCAGGACAAAAGUGUCUUCACAUCCAACGGUCUCAGCACCACGCGAGUCGACAUUCUUUCGGAUGAAGUACAACAUCAGGUUAUCUUGCAUAUCCUCAACGAUAUACGAGCGAGCAACGAUGAUUACUUGUCAUUGCCAGUCGAAGAAUUGAUAAUACACCUUCUGUCAAUGCAUGUUUUCGCGCCGUUUGACCAGAUGGAGCUGGUGGCUGGAAAGGAAGGUCGGGCAGAAGUCCAGAGAGUGUAUCCGUGCCUUCAACGGUGGAUCCGUACUCGACAUGCAAGGCAAGCCGUCUGGCAUGCGAGCCAGGUGUUACGAUCACUGCGAGAGCUUCCACACGGUCAACUAUCCAACUUCUAUGCCAUCGCAGCCUACCAUGCAGGCCUUUGCCUCUGGCUUUACGGAGUCCUGCUGCAAGAGAUGGACACGAAGCAUUCGGACGCCUUCCUGUGUUCUCCGAACGACGUCAUUCUCGACGGGGAUGAGAGCAUUCAAUCCCAGAGAUGGAUCAAUCACAACCGAGGAAGACCCGUGAUUUCGACAGGAAGGCCAGACGACCGUGAUGGUGCUUAUGACCGGUUUACAGUGCCCAUUCACUCUCCUCAGGCACUUGUUCAAAUAUUGCUGAGGAGCGCCAUGUCGCGGUUCAUGGGAAUGAAUUCCCCUUUGGUUGACAACAUCUGUCACUUGAUGCAGGCGCUAGGUAAUAUCUAUGAGACCCCAGACGAUGGACCUCCACAAACUCUUCGCGGCGACUUGUUUUAUGCCGACCCCGUUCUCGAUGCUGUGACAUUUAUCUCGUUACAUCGUGCUUCCAGCGAAACACGCACAAUCAUUCUCGACGAUGUGCACCAAGUUCUUCUCACUCUCAUUUCGCGGCCGUCCGCCCAGUGCGCGAUCCUCCUAACGAACGGCGACCUCCAAGACGUGCGUCUCAUACGACCGCCGAAAAAGUAG